AUGAUGGGAGAUCCACAGCAAAUGCGUCAAGUGUUUGGCAUUGCUAAGAACUUUCUAACCCCAGUUCUCGAUCGAGAGGAAAUACAGAAGACCCAAGGUAAAUCUUUACUUCAGAUCCUCAGUCAGUCUUCGGGACAUGACGAGGGUGUUGGUGAUGAUGCCGCAAGACCAAUUGUGAUCAAUGAAGCUUUGGAUAUCUUGACCAGUGUCCACAAGUCCUUUGUUUCACCUGGGGACCAAUAUGGGUCCCUUCAAUCGUGUGAGGAGGUUGAAGACUCACUGUCAGAAGAUGCCAAGCGCCGUCGGAUGCUACAUGCAUUACUAGACCUGAUUUCCUUGGAGGGAAUAUAUCCUUCACUAUCAUCUGGCGUUGGGAUCCCCCUGCAGCAGCGGGUAAUCUCAGUGUUGCCAGCUGGUGUUAUUGCAAAGCAGGCUCAAACAUUUACUAGCAGUGUGCCGCACAAUGAGCCCCUUUUGCGCCGCAUAAUCGAUGUUCUAGUCGACAUUCUCUUCGACCCGAGACCAAGCCUGCAGACGAUCAUUCGUGGUCGUAUAUUGAGCGACAUAAUCAGUGGCACGUCUGAUCUGGCUUUCAAUCCAAAUACUACGGAAUCGUCCAACCGGAACGCAUAUCGGAAAAAGCUAGCAAAGAUAAUUAAUGAUACCCCAACCACCGUCUUGCUACCUACACUGUCUGCAUUCCUCCAGUCGGAUACUGCACCAUGGUUCAAGUCAACCAUCUCCGGCCAGAUAUCGCAAGUUCCGCUACGACCCGGCGGAGUGGUGCAAACCAUCAUGUUCAUUGCAUCGCAGUUUUCCCCAUCACUAGGUCAGGAGGCUCAGGACCAAUCAAAUGGCCCUCGUUUAACUGUCCAGGCUAUCAUGCAAAUCUCACGACUCCUUUCUUCUGUGCCAUCUGAUAUUGACCCAACUGUCUAUUUUGAAACAAUUGCCCCGCAAUUGCUCGCAUUAAUAGACGGCGACGAUCCAGAUCUGAGGAAAACUGCAUCAUACGUCAUCGGUAACGGAAUUUUGGGGAAACGUGCUUAUGGUGCUCCUGGUACUGUUGGCCACUCCAUCUUUGUGGAGCCGAUAUUCAAUGCACUUGCCGCGAAUCUCGAUGAUAAAUCGAGGCGAUGGAUCAGUCGGUUCACCGAUAUCGAAGGCUCUAUGCCACCCAUCACGGAAGCAGAUCCCGCAUCCAAUAUCUUGGUGGGUGGUGUCACGGUGGAUCUAGCUCUCAACAGGCUCAGGUGUCUCACAUUGCAACAUCCAAACCCAGGCCUCGUGAAACGAAUCGUGUAUCCGAUUCUUCUUCCCCUGUGGGGCUUAGUCUGUUUCUCCCAAGAGGAAGAUCUCACCUCAUUCCAUGAAAGGGUCUUGCCCCUGCUUCAGACGUAUUUUGGUAUCUCUGUUGGGGUCCAACCCCUGAAAAAGCUGAUCGAUAAUCUUCUUUGGGAUGGGGGAGUGACGUGGACAUAUAAGAAAGAUGCCGACGCUGGAAUUGCGUUGCAGAAGCGGAAUGAGAAAAAGAACGAGCAUUCAAAUCUCAUGCGACUGAUCGAUUCCCUUCAAGCUCGAGCAGAACUUUUCGUCAGCCUCAUUGGCUCAGAUCCUAGUAGUGAAGAGCGGACAGGCGAUAUCUUCCUCUAUGUCAGUCAGAACUGGCUAGUGCAGCCCCAGGCUUCUCCACUUCCUCGCAACACACUGAAUGGAGGUCCCGUUGGCGAAAGUGACAACAUAAUCCAGAAACUUGUUAGCGCCAAGGUUGCAGAGAAGCUGCUUGAGAACUUCAAAGAAGCACUGACUCGACGCCCGCUUCGAGUUUUAGAGCUCAUCAAGCAAGUCAUUGAUGGGGAACUACAUAGACUUAGCGCCCAACAAACAGCGGUGCGAAGCAAAUUAAAAAGUACGGUGUCCCUGUCAUCUUUAGCUAAUAUCGUGGAAACGGAGAGCAAAGAUGGGGAGCAAUUAGACAACGACUCCUUCGAGUCCGUCUCAACAGCCUUCAGUUUGAUGUCUACACUCCUUGCAUCCGCCGAUUUCUCCCCCACUGCUGAAAUUAUGCCCCUCCUUGAAUCUCUUAAAAAGGACAUCGAUCAACUCAUUCCCUUGCUCCCUUCUACCCUCUCUAAGCCAGCAACAACCUCGUCUAUGCUGCUAGAGAUUCACCUCGCCGGUGCAGACGAAACCACAGUCAAGGCAGUACCAGCUCAUGUUCAGGACCUUGACACGCAUCGUCAAGCACUUGCGAAUCUCAACUCAGAUUUACCACCCGUGCAGGCCGAGGGUCUAUCGCUGAUCUCGAAACUGAUCAUGAGCUCCUCGCCCGUUCUUGAUGUAGGGUCAACCCUCACCCUUCUGCUCUCACUCAUCACCGACACAUCUAAAGCCGGUGCCAAUGAGGAGUACACAUAUCUUGGUGCGAUCAAGCUAGUUGGUACUCUAGCCUCACGUCAUCCACGCACCGUGAUCAAAACCUUGGUUGAGGAGUACGCAGACAGAAGCGAACGACGGUCAUUAGACGAAAGACUUAGGAUUGGUGAAUCUCUUCUUCGAACGGUGCAGGAAUUGGGAGACGCAUUGACCGGCGAGACGGCCAAAAUUCUUGGUGAGACCAUCAUUGCCGUCGCCGGACGGCGUGGCAACAAGCAACAAGCACAACAAGCCCGUAGGAAGCAGCUUGCCAAGGAGAAGCGGGAACAGGAACGCGCUCAGCGCAAGGAAAAAGAACCAGCCAUGCCUGAAGGCUGGUCUAUUUCAUCUGGAGUAGCCAAAGCUGCCUCCGAACUCGACCUCACAGAGCUCCAUUCGGACGACGAAUCUCCAGAGCAAUCAGCUUACGCCACAAACGUCGUCGCUGCGUGGGCUGCCGGUGCAUCUGCAGACGAUGCCCCUGAUGACCUUCGCGUCCGCGCAUCGGCCAUUUCCAUUCUUGGAUCAGCCAUUCACGUCAACAUCCUCGGUCUUGGCCCCGUCAUUCUUUCCUCCGCUGUCGAACUCGCGCUUGCUACCCUAACUCUCGAGAGGGAACCGGAGAGUGCCAUCCUCCGCCGAGCGAGUAUCAUCUUGAUCUUAGACAUUCUCAAAGCUCUCGAGGCAGCGCGGGAGACGCGCCGAAAUCAGGAUAUCGGGUUCGGCUUUUCGCUUCUAGAUGAUUCGUCUUCUACUUUUACAGCCCCGUACGGUUCCAGCAUACAGGGGCAGUCGACCAUUGGCAAUAUCCCUGCUAUGCUACGCACACUUCGGUUCGUCGAGGGUUCCGAGGAGGACGGGCUCGCUCGUGGAAAUCUGCGCGCUUUAAUCGAGAGUUUGGAGGCUUGGUCAGAGAAGACUUUGAUGUGGGGCAUUGGUGCCCAGGAUGAUCAGGAUGCCUUCAGUCCACAAUUUGGACUGAGAGAUAGGAUCGCCGGUCUGCAGGUUGAUCCCAUGGCAGGGGAAAUCACUGGACGUCCGCGCAUCGAGGAGAUUGAAUGA